AUGAAUGCACUUUUGUUAAGAAACUUCUUGGAUUACUUGUACAAAUUCAUAGAUGAUGAGGAGAAGGUGGCUUGUGUAGGAAAUGGACCUCAUGGGCAAUGCUUUAUCAUAUACCGUGAUGCAUUUGACAAGGUGACUGAACAUGCCACGGCAUACAAUAUUCUGUCAGCCAUCAAGAGAGAAUACGACGGCUUUACCAAUGCCAUAAAGAAGAGGCAUCGUGAUGCAAGGCUCCUUCGGGGGAAGCUGAAAGCCGCGGAGUCCGAGCCACUAUCAGGGCAGUGCCGCCCAGCUGCAGGAGAGUUCAUACAAAUGCUGGAGAGCGGCGAUCGCGAGGCUGCCGCCUCCUUCGCGGCCGCUUCCCCGCAGGCUGUCUGGCAGAACUUGGAGAGCGUGGAGAGGUUCACGGUAAUUGUGCUGCAGAUAUCCAGAAUAAUUCUGAACACUGACAUUGCUGUCUCCCCCACAGCCCUCGCAGUGUCCCCUCUGCUGCUGUUCUUCCAGGCCUCGAUGACCUCAGUGCACGAUGGGAAACGGGUGCCCAGCGAGGCCCUGUCGGAAGAGGGGGUGGGGUGUGCCUUGCAGCAAAAUUGCGUGGAGCAGGUCGCACGCCGGGUCAUUCGGAAGAGGCUGACCUUCUCGGAAGGCCUCGGGGACGCGGUCUGGGAGCACGGGGCCGCCGGUGGGGAGCGGCUUGCCGACACCUGCCUGGCACUCGCGCACGUGGUGUACAUCGCGUGCGGCGUGCACAGGAAGGCAGGGAGGGGCGUGGCAGGUGCAGCCGUGGAGCUGGUUCGCCGGGAUGGGUCCUUCACCGUAGAUGACGGCCUGACCCUGCUGAGGAGCUGCCCCAGCCUGGUCCUCCUCCGGGGCCUCGCCGGGGGGUACCGGGGCCAGCCGGCUGUCCUGUCCGUGGGUUCGGCCGUCCGCAGCCCCCUGGCGACGGACGGUGAGGACGUCGCCUUCCAUCUGCCGGAGGACAUCCAGGCAAGUGGACCAGGUGCGCCGGAGAAGACGAUCCUGGGCGACGGGAUGCGCGCGGCCGAGGCGGCUGAGCGCUGCAGACAGCGGCAUCAUCAGCAGCUCCUCGGCGAGGAGAUCCUCUCGGCGCUGCUGUCCCGGGAUGGAGUCGUGCCGCUGUCCCCGACCGACAGCGGAGCUCGACUUAUGGCGCGUGCGUUUGCGCAGGUGUUGCCCAGCAGGGGGCGCUCCUGGGUCGAGCCUCCAAAAGAAGCUGCUGCGCGGUUCACCGGCCGCGCUUCUGGAAUCUUCUCCGACCUGGUGGAGGCGGGGGUGCUGGAGGCCCUCAACCGCAUUUCUCAGACGCCCGAUUCUCAGCUCACAGACCGGCGGAACGCAGAGCUGCUCCGCUCCGCGUGUCCUUCACAGCGACACGCUGACCUCUAG